UCACAAAAGGCAACAGUGCGCUCCUCUGCUCCCGCACAUCCCGCUGCACGCGCUGAUGACGGACCGGCUGACCGGAGAGAAGCGCGAGCUCUGACAUUUAUUCAAAAUCAAUAAUUUCUAUUCGUGCCUUUCCUGAUCACAGAACUAUCCGGGGAAAAAUGGAAGGUUUUGGGAAAGUCCUAUUCCAUCACAGGUUGUCAGUCAUGUCUGGCUCGUGCGUAAAGUGGAGCGCAGCGCGCGGGCGCGUAACUGGACAUGUUGGCUGUCAGUGCGCGUGAGAUGCUCUACGAUGAUCCUGGAUUUUAAUUAACGAUGGGCGCGAAUAUCCCCGAGUCCAACUCCAGUGGUCACCUGACUCCCGCGGUGUCCGAGGCUGGGGCCGUGCUCCCGGGCUACCUGCUGGUGAUCCUGUCGGUCCUCAUGGUGACUCUGGUUGUCGUGGUGGUUGCUGGGAACGCGCUGGUCAUCAUGGCUUUCAUUGUGGAUAAAACGCUGAGGACUCAGAGUAACUACUUCUUCCUGAACCUGGCCAUAUCUGAUUUUCUCGUGGGUGCUUUCUGCAUCCCAGUGUACAUCCCGUACAACCUGACGGGCCGCUGGAUGCUGGGUAAGGGUCUCUGCAAGGUGUGGCUGGUCAUGGACUACCUGCUCUGCACCGCCUCAGUCUUCAACAUUGUCCUCAUCAGCUAUGACCGCUUCCUGUCAGUCACCAGAGCAGUUAAAUACAGAGCACAGAGAAACAUGACGCGCCAGGCUGUGUUCAAGAUGGUGGCCGUCUGGGCGCUGGCCUUCCUUCUCUACGGCCCUGCCAUCAUCUUCUGGGAGGUAAUCCGAGGCCACAGCGUCGUCCCCGCUCACGAGUGCUACGCCGAGUUUUAUUUUACCUGGUACUUCCUGCUCUGCGCCUCUACCUUUGAGUUCUUCACGCCAUUUGUGUCGGUGGCAUUCUUCAACCUCAGCAUUUACCUGAACAUCCAUCGCAGGAACAAAAACUUAGGAGCCGGCCUCGGGGACGAGUUAAAGGUGCAGAGGAUCACUAAGAAGCACAAAGACGGAGCCGGCUGGUCCGUGUUUUUUGUGAAGACUCGGAAGGUUUCGUGCAGCGAGCCGGCCGCCAUAUCUCCAGUUAUCGAGGACGAGGAUGUGAUAUCUUACAGCGCGGACCCGACUAACAGUCAGGUUCUCAUGCAGAGGGAGAAGUUGUCUCCCAACAGAAAGGACUCCAGACUGUUUGAGCACUCACCCUCCUGCACGGUGCCCGGACGCAGGGCGCAGGGAUCUCGCCUCACACGGGACAAAAAGAUCGCCAAAUCUUUGGCCAUCAUUGUCUGUAUUUUUGGGAUUUGCUGGGCUCCUUACACUCUGCUGAUGAUUAUCCGUGCCGCCUGCAGCGGUAAGUGUGUGCAAAACUACUGGUACGAGAUGACAUUCUGGCUCCUGUGGCUCAACUCGGCCAUUAACCCUUUCCUGUACCCGCUGUGCCACAGCAGCUUCCGAAGGGCUUUCUCCAAAAUACUGUGUCCUAAAAGACAAUCAGUCCAGCCUCAAAUGGAGCCUCAGUCCUGUUAGACCAACCAUGAUGCACUUCCACGCUUUAUGAAUGCAGUAACCGCUUUUAAGAUCCAUGGCUAAAGAAGAAGAGAGCCUUUUUCAAACGUCUUCAAAAACAUCCUCCAUGCCUCUCAUCAUGCAGCAAUAGGACGAUGAAAAGAAGAAUAACCGGUGUUUGUGAAGCGACCACUUAGUGAACUAUAAUCACAGUGAUGUUUUAUUUCAUUCAAACUGAAAAGUGGGCAAAGGGCAACACUGAAUCUGCACUUAAACUUAAAAAAGAUGUCUUUGUUGAUGAUGAAUACAUGUAAGGCACUAUGAUGUGGGAGCAGUAUUAAAGGUUUUGUAUAAAAAAAA